GUUAUUUUAUGCAAUACGAUAAUUGCGAAAUUACUGUCAGCUAUAAAUAUAAAGCCUUUUGUCUAUUUCUGGAAUUUUUCAUCACUCCAUCUACUUAACGAGCUAUCUCUUUUUAAGUCAGUCCAUAGAAAAGAGAGUAUUGAGUCAGUCUUUUCUCUUUGGGAAAUGGGCAGGAUUUUGUGAUGUAUUUUUAAAACUGGCUUGUGGUACAAAUAAAGAAGUGACGGUGAAAAAAAAUGGCAACUGGUGACGGGAGAAAAGUGGAAAAUUUGACGCAUGCAACAAAGGAAUUUUCAGAAAAUUAUCCUGGAAACAUUAAUGAAUUACGCUCCGAACGUAACGGCCAACUUUCACUAGAGACCCCUUUGGAUGGCGGAGUUGCAGUUUCAACACCCAUUUUACAUUCUGAGGAAAGCAACGCAAACGACGCGCAAAAAGACACAUUUUUGGAAGACAGUGAUGACGACGAAGAAGGUUUUCAUGUGGAUGUGGACAAGGAUUCAGUUGAGCACAAUGUAAAUGUUUGCAACAUUUCUAAAGAAAUCUUAGAGGAUUCAAAUGUUUCAUAUUCUAAUUCUAAUAAUUCUCAACUUUCACCUGAACAGUUUGUGUCGGUUAGAAAUGAUAAUGAUACAGAAUAUGAUUCAGUAAAUGAUAAUUCUGUUCCAAGUGUCUUGUACAAAAGUCCAAGCAGUGCAUCAAAAAGAAAAUAUAAUCUCCUGGAAAGUGGAGAUGAAUUUAAAGGGUUUUCAUUUACAGCUACAGAUUCAACCAGAGAUUUAACUCUGAGUGACUCUGAUGCAAAAGUGUUGAAACGGAAGCGUAGCGGAGAUACAAGUUGCGAUGAAGAUGAUAGCGAGAGUGAAGAAAUUGAAGAUGAAGGAAUAUCGGACUCGCCAAAUGAUUCUAGAAGCUCUCCCAUCACAACGCACGCAACAGUUGAAUUAUCACAGCCUGGGAAGAAGAAGUCGUCCCCGGCUGAUGAAGUUGGCAAACUGUUGAGUCUAGAACGUGGUCUUGAUGGCGGUCGCGAUACAUCGAAAACGUCAAUUUCUUCUGAAAACUUCAUCCACAAUGAAUCUCGUGAGAGGCCUGAAAAAAAUUCUGCAAAGGCAGAAGAUCAGAUUUCGGGGAGCCACAGUAUUGACACAGAAGGCGAUGGCGAUGGAGGCGCGGAGGAGUUGGACAGCGACGGCUCCGGGGCAGAGACGGACGUGGAGGACAACGCCUCGGACUCGCGCUCUGUGUCCUCGGUGCAAGCCGCGCCGGACCCCGACAUAGACAGGCACCUUCCCGACACGGUCACGCUGCUGACCACGCCGGAAGGUGCCAAGGUGUACCUGGUGGGGACCGCCCACUUCAGCACGGAGAGCCAGGAGGACGUGGCCAUGAUAAUUCGGGCAGUGCAACCGCACGUAGUUUUGGUCGAGUUGUGUCAGUCAAGAGUUAACAUCCUUCAGCUUGAUGAAAAAACCAUUUUGGAGGAAGCUAAGAACAUCAAUUUAGAGAAAAUCCAGUCGACGAUCAAGCAGAACGGCCUGUUCCAAGGAGUGAUGUACCUGCUGCUGCUGAGCAUGUCGGCACACCUCACCAAGCAGCUGGGCAUGGCUCCGGGCGGCGAGUUCCGCAGGGCUUUCUCCGAGGCCAAACGUGUACCGUCAUGCCUUGUCCACUUGGGCGACCGACCCAUUCAAAUAACGUUGAAGCGAGCGUUGGCGUCUUUGUCUUGGUGGCAAACUUUGCGCCUUACCUGGCAUUUGCUGAUGUCUAAGGAACCUAUAAGCAAGGAAGAAAUAGAGCGCUGCAAGCGUCGAGAUCUGCUUGAAGAGAUGUUGGCAGAAAUGGCUGGUGAAUUUCCAGCUUUAGGCACGGUCUUCGUUAAUGAACGAGAUGUGUAUUUGGCUCACUCAUUACAGCUUGCUGCUACACCAGUGGCAAACUCACCCAAAGGCCCGGUGCCGGCCCGGGUGGUGGGCGUGGUGGGGAUCGGCCACGUGCCGGGCAUCGUGCAGAACUGGGGCAAGGUGUCCCUGGCCGACAUCCCCCCCAUCAUGCAGCUGCCUCCCCCCUCCCUCAGCGGCCGCGUCGUCAAGUUCACGGCGAAGGCCUCCUGCGUGUGCGUCGUCGUGUGGGGGAUCUCGAAGCUGCUGCCCCAGUCCAGUCUGGGGUCGCUCAAGUCCAGCGUGCAGGGGCUGUUCUCUGCCUGAAACACCUGUCGGAGGGUUCGCAAACAAGUUCAGUUACCAGUUGAAGACACAAUAUAAAAGAAUAUAACUGUAGGAAUUUGUGGAUAUUUAUUGAAGUUGGUGCUGUGGUCAUCUGUGAUUUGAUUACAUUACACAUAAAAAAAAUAACUUGUGAGGUUAUUUGGACCAAAUUGAGAAGAUACGUGAUAGUUUUUAGACUUUAAUUAACGCUUCUGUGACUGUGUAUGUAUUGGGUUUAGCUACUGUAUUUUUUUAAGACCAAGAAAUGUCAAAUUUUGAGAAUCAUUCGACACCAAAGACUGAAAUUAGUGGUUGUUUUGUUGAAUCAAAUAAAAAUGCAUUUAUGAAUGUUGAAGAGGAAAAAGAAUAUUUUGUUGAUGUUGGGGGUGAUAAUUCUAAAUCUAGAGAGUUGGAAUUCUCCACGCAGAACAGUUGUGGGAUUGAUGAUUAUACUCAUACCUCACCGAACGUUAGCUACGUAGAUUGUAACGUACCAGGACCAGAAUGUGAUAUGGAUGAUUUUGAAGCCCAGUAUGCUAAGGGCUGCAAUUGUUUGGAUGGGAAUUGUGCCUCAGAAGAAAGUUGUCCAUGUGUCUCAAGGUAUGGUCAGAACUACGUGGAUUUCUGUUUGUUGCCUGGCAAAUUUGGUGGGCCAGUGGUGGAAUGUAACAGUGAGUGUAGUUGUGCAUUUGAAGGUAAAUGUGCUAAUAGUUUGGUACAGCGAGGACCUCGAAAAUUUUUGGAAAUAUUCAGCACAUCAAACGGGAAGGGCUUGGGAUUGCAGACGAAUUCAAAAAUCCCCAUCGGUGGCUUCAUCUGUGAAUAUGCCGGCGAGGUGAUCGGUGAGGAAGAGGCUCGAAGACGCGCUCAGCGCACCACCUCCCGGCAGAUGAAUUACAUUUUUGUGUUGAAGGAGCACCUCUCGGGUGGGACGGUCAUCAAGACGUGCGUCGACCCCACGAUGAUCGGGAACAUCGGUCGCUACAUAAACCACAGCUGCCGGCCGAACGCAGCCGUCGUGCCGGUGCGAGUGGACUGCCCUGUUCCCAGGCUGGGUAUAUUUGCUGUGAGAGACAUCGAGGCCGGCGAGGAAAUUACAUUCGACUACGGCGGUGAGGUAGGGGACUCGAAGCCGGGACCAGCCACCUCUGUCUGUAGAACACCUUGUUGCUGUUCGGCUGAAAGCUGCAGGAAGUAUUUGCCAUUUGAUUCAGCACUACUGUGAUACAGUCAAUAAACCAGCACUGGCAACAGUUUUGAGUCGUUGCUGCAGAAGAUUAGUCGUACGUCAGUCAUGGUAGCGUCUUUGUUAGACACUUUCAUCUUAAAAUUACUCUAAUUUUGUAGUGAAUGUAAUUAUCUUUUCAGGAUACGGUUUUAAUUUAUUAUAUAGUAUCUUUAUUUAUAAUAAUGGUGUUUAGUUUACUUGUAGUAGUAGUAGUAGUAGUAGUAGUAGUGGGUAACGUACAAGUCUAUGGGUGAUAUUUUCAAAAUUUUUACAUGUACAGUAGAAUCUCAUAAGUUUUAGGAAUUUGAUACUUGAUCAUAAAGUUAAAUGAAAAUUGAUUGAAAAUGCAUCAUAAUUGAGAUUUUACAGAAAUUAUAACUGUAAUAUGGUAGAUCAAUAUGCAAAAUCUCUUAAAAUUAUUUAAAUGCUUCCUCUACAUGCAGCAUGCACUGUAAUGCAUGUAGAGGAUUGGAAUUAGUUAAGAGUUUAAUUUAACUUGGAGCUUGCUGCUUUAUCUGUUCACAGUUAUUCAUUUUGGUAGUUCUAGGUUCUCAUUUUAACUCUUUGUUGUUGGUUUGGCAUAAUUGACUUUGUACACAGUUAACCGAUUAUUCAUUGUUUGGUAUGACUGCAGUUUGUCGUGUCUAAACUGGUUUUAGUCUCUUAAUAUUUUUAUGUGACUCAUACUUGUGUAUCUCAUAUGAUUUGUUUGUUUGAUGUUUUAAGUGGGAAAAAUUGUUUUUUUAACAUUUUAAAUAACACUAAUAAAUAAUUAUUUAAUAUUGUCUAACCAUUAUUUCUUGAAAUGAUGCUUUAGAAUGGUAACUUUAUGCUGUGCUAGCUUUCAGUUAGGUUAAUCGGUAGGAUCGGUUGUGUUAUUGUUAUUAGGCAGUCGGGAAUUUAAAUUUUGAGUUUAAAGUUUAGGUUAAACAUAAAUGACAUAGUUGACUUAAUCCUGUUGUAACAAAUUAUGAUAAUUACUACAAAUAUUGUUUGAAAAUGUCUACCACAACUUGAUAUAUUUAGGAAAAUGUGUGUACAAUGAAAAAUAUCAUUUUGUACUGGAAUUUGGCCUGAUGUACGAAAUGUUAUGUAAAUAAAGUUUUGAAAAUGCUUUGUUUUCAAAAAGAAAAA